ACUCGUCCUCCGUAUAUAUCUCCGUCUCGCUAGGGUUUAUCCUCUCCUUCCCUUUCUCUCAAGCAUCGGCCGCUUCCAGGGUUUCGACGCGUCUCUAGGUUUUCGACAGGAUGGUUCUUCCGAACGAUAUCGAUCUGCUGAACCCACCAGCUGAACUUGAGAAGAGGAGGCACAAGCUAAAGCGGCUCGUGCAGUCGCCCAACUCCUUCUUCAUGGAUGUGAAGUGCCAAGGUUGCUUCAACAUAACUACUGUUUUCAGCCACUCGCAGACUGUUGUUGUCUGUGGUAACUGCCAAACAGUGCUCUGCCAGCCGACUGGUGGGCGUGCGAGGCUCACCGAGGGAUGCUCCUUCAGGCGGAAGGGAGAUUGAGGGUGGUCUGCUCUAUCUCACUGUCUCUUUCUUUGUGAUACCCCGAGGCUGUCAAAAUGGAAUCUGAUCUUAUGGUUUUAGUGAUUAGAGUGUCGAAUUAUUUUUUCUCUUGAGCAGAUGAUUAAGAUUAUGCGGUAGUUGGUUGGUGAUUUUGUUAGUCCAGGAAUACUUUAUAUUUCUCAGCAAUCUUUUGGCAUAUGAGACAACAUUGAUGGUGUUUAGUUCGAGUCUGUUUUUGGAUUGGAAUUCCAUCUCUUGACACUCUUGUCAGUAAGUGGUAUUAUGUUUUCUAUGACACAAAUGCAUGCAGUUAACUUGUUUGGCUUUUUUUAAUGCAAUCACAGUUAGUUA